AUUUCAGAUGUUUCAUUUACAUAUAUAUUGCAUUUCGUAAAAGUAUCUCUCUUCCUAAACUAGCAGUUACGUGAUCAAACAUGAAGGCUCUUAUCCUUUUAUGCGCUGUUACUCUGGCUUUUGCCAGCGAGGAUUUCUGUCCUGAAAACGAGCAUUUCGAACAAUGCGGGACUGCUUGCCCAGACAACUGCAAAAACUAUCGGGACACUUUGAGACCAUGUGUUCUAAUGUGCGUUUCUGGAUGCUUCUGCGAUAAAGGAUUCGUCAGAGGUGAAGACGGUCGCUGUAUAAAGCCCGAAAGUUGCCCAAGUCAAGCAGAAAUUGCCUGUCCUGCAAACCAGCAUUUCGAGAGAUGCGGGACUGCUUGCCCUGACACUUGCAAAAAUUACCGGGAUACUGCAAGGCCAUGUGUUCUGAUGUGCGUUCCUGGAUGUGUCUGUGAUAAAGGACUCGUCAAAGCUGAAGACGGUAGCUGUAUAAAGCCAGAAAGCUGCCCAAGUCAAGCAAAACCUCUUGUGCAGAACUGUCACGAUAAACCCGAUCCUGGAAUGUGUUUGGCAUAUGUACCUAGUUGGUAUUAUGACAAGGAAACAGGAACAUGUCAAAAAUUCAUUUAUGGAGGAUGUCAAGGCAAUGGCAACAGAUACGCUACAGAAGAGGAAUGCUUGGAGAAAUGCAAAGAUGUCACCUUGGCGCAAACCAAAUCUGCUGGUGUGUGCGAAUUACCAGCCGUCACUGGGCCUUGCCGAGCUUUGUUCCACAGAUAUUACUUUGAUAGUGAAUCAAGACAGUGCAAGAAGUUUGUCUACGGUGGCUGCAGAGGAAACGAAAACAACUUCAAGACAUUGCGGGAAUGUGAGCGAACUUGCGGCGCCGGAGGAGUUCUGGGACUAGCUCUGGACCGUCCAGACUGCGACAAAGCCCCUGAGACUGGAGUAUGUCGUGCUUACAUACGUCGUUAUUACUAUGAUCAGAAGGCCGGUAUGUGCAAGACCUUCAUCUAUGGUGGAUGUGGAGGAAACCGAAACAAUUUCGUCACAGAAGAAGAAUGCUACAACAAAUGCGGUGCUUUAGCCUCGAUGUCAGCCUGCGAUCAAGAAAAAGAGACAGGACCCUGCAAGGCCGCUUUCCGAAGAUUUUAUUACAACAAGCAGACGGGAGAAUGCGAGCCUUUCAUCUACGGUGGCUGUCAGGGAAAUAGCAACAACUUCUUGGACAAGGAAGACUGUGAAGCUGUAUGCAAAGCAUAAAAGAAUCCAGGGUGCGCAGAAAUUAAUGUAAAAUAGCAGAAUAAAAAUUUUCAUACUUUUUAA